AUGAAUAUUAAUACUCCUGUAAUUUAUAUGGCACAAAUUAUUCCACCAAUUCAAUUUGUUUUUGGAACAAUGGGAAAUAUUAUUAAUAUUAUCCUUUUUAUUCGUCCUAAUCUACGUACUAAUCCAUGUUCGAUAUAUUGUUUAGCUGGUUCAAUCAAUAACAUACUAUUUACUUGUUUAUUUGCUUUAACUGAUUAUCUUUCAAAUGCGUGGAAUAUAAAUCUUUCUCUAAAUACCGAUCUCUGGUGUAAAUUAAGUGUUAUUAUUAAGUAUUUACCAUAUUCACUUCUUUUAUGGUUUCCUGUUCUUGCUAGUAUUGAUCGAUUUCUAUCAAGUUCACGAAACGUACAACUUCGUCAAUUAAGUAAUGUCAAAAUAGCAAGACGAAUGAUCAUAGGUAUUUAUAUCAUACUCAUUAUGCUUAAUAUUCAUCUGCCAAUAUUCGCCCGGUCGUCACCAUCCGAUGUUGGCUACUAUUGUACUAUAUUUUCCGAUGAAUACUAUAUUUUCAAUAGUUUCUUCACAUCUAUUCUAUAUUGUGUUUUACCACUUAUUUUAAUGUGUAUUUUUGGUAUUUUAAUUAUACAUAACGUUCACAAUAUUCAUAAUCGUGUUGUUCCAAAUCUUAACAAUGUACAAAAUACUCGUUUACGCUCUCAAGAUCGUCAAAUGAUUCGAAUGUUAUUAUUUCAAAUACUUAUUACUAUUCUGCUUUCACUACCAUAUAUGGCUAGUUUUAUCUACAUUAUAGUACGUCUAUUUUAUACUGAUUAUAAUUUUUCAUGGUCAGAAUAUCUGAUUUAUUACUGCUUUAUUGGCGUAAGCAAGUACCUUUAUCAUACUAAUUUUGCUAUUGGAUUUUAUAUUUACACGUUGGCAAGUGUUAAAUAUCGUGCGGAACUGAAACAUUGUCUUCACUUUGGAUUUAACACCGUUGUAGCUAAAUUAAAAUAA